AUGCAUUCUCUGGUGUUAGCUUUAUUUGGGAUUACUGUCAUAUUCUUUACUUUACCGAGCUACUCCUAUACAUUCAAUGUUAAUAACAAAGGAAGCUUAGUGGAUGAUGAUGAUGCUGGUCAAUGCCAUUCGCAAGAUGCUACCUGUAAACAGAAAAUGACUUCAACAGCUGUGUUUGGUGCUGGUUGCUUUUGGGGUGUAGAAGAAAAGUUUCGGACACUAAAAGGUGUCCAAGAAACUACCGUCGGCUACGCUGGUGGUGACACAGUCAAUCCCACGUAUGAACAAAUCUGUGCUGACAAGACUGGCCAUGCUGAAGUCGUUAAAAUAGACUUCAAUCCCGAGCAAAUAACUUAUAAAGAACUGUUGGACGUAUUCUGGAAGGCCCACGAUCCUACCACGGUAAAUCGUCAAGGCCCCGAUGUGGGUAGACAAUAUCGAUCUGUUAUAUUCUACGCCAACAAAGAACAAGAAAAACUCGCUCAUCAAACCAAAGAUGCCCUUAUCAAGAAAGGUAUUAAGGCUGUGACUGACAUCAUUCCUUCUUCUACCUUUUAUAACGCGGAAGACUACCAUCAAAAGUAUAUUGCUAAGCGUAAAGGACUUUUGUAA